AUAAAUCACGAAGAGAUGCGGACGAAAUGCACACUUACAAAACUUUUCUGUCUCUGGGGACAAUGCGCUGCGCGUGAACUCCGCUACCCUCCGCCGUGCACGCGCAUCCGCAUCCUUUAUUCGCCGCGCGUUCACGUGCUGGUCUCGGAUAAAGAGGGAGGCACGCGGAUUUCAGAGGAUAACCGGAAACAGCAGGUUGUUGUCGAAACAUCUCACGCAACUAAUAAAGAAAAACAACAGCAACAAAGCGGCAGGGACAUGGCUUUGACUCAGGACCUGAUCCUGACGUUUUUACUGGAGCGCGGGGGGAAAGUGAAGAACUCGGAGCUCGUGAGCAACUUCAAAGGACUUAUAAACUCCAGCGACCCCGCGGAAAAGAAACAGAACCGAGAGCUGUUCAAACGCCUGGUCAACAGCGUCGCCGUGGUCAGACAAGUCGAGGAUGUGAAGUACGUGGCUGUGAAGAAGAAGUACCAGAGAGAAAACACCAGCUUCACCGAAUCUUCCUGCGAAACACAGAGUGUGGAUGCUCUUAAUAACAAUCACUGCCACUGCCCCCCGCAAACUGUGCGCAAUAGCAGUAUAAGUGACUAUGGUGCUGAGUUUGUUCAUCCUGGAAGACCAUCUGACUGCAAUGCAACCACAGCAAGAGUGCUCAGCGUGACAAGCGAUGCUAGAAGUGGCGAAACAGGGGCUGUUUUUGCUCUUGUGGCCAUAAAAUCUCCAGCAUAUGAGCUGCGGCGUGAGGAAAAGGGGAUAAGAAGCCUAAAAACACUAGAAGGCGAUGCUGAACCACUUCUUGCAACCGUGGAGAGAACUGUGAAAGUCAAAGCGUAUCAGAGAUGUGUUGCUGGAGAAGGUUUUGCGCAGGUGAAAUGGUGUCACAAGCUCACCAAACCUGCUAAAGACUCGGAUGGAGUGCCUCUGGGAUCGAUGGAGCAUGAGUGGCUUGUGAAAGCAGCAACGGGAAGCUGGCAUCAGAUCUGCGGCCUCCUGCUGCAAGACCCUCGGCUGGCGGAGAAGCCGAACUUCAUGUCUGGAUUCACGAUCCUGCAUUGGGCUGCCAAAAGCGGAAACUGUGAAAUGGUGUGUAAAGUCAUUGAUGUUUCCAGACAGAGAGGCGCAGGGGUCGAUGUGAAUGCCAAGUCUUACGACGGAUACACAGCGCUCCACAUAGCCGCCAUUCACAGCCGUGAACGUGUGUUAUCACUGCUGGUGUGUGAAUAUGGUGCCAACACUAACAUACGGGAUAACAGUGGCAAAAAACCCUACCGUUAUCUCAGUCCAGACGUGUCCACUGAAAUCAGAAAGAUGCUCGGAGACCCUCACAGCCUGCAGAAGGAUGCACAGAAUCUCUCAGACCUCCCUAAAGGAUUCAACACCCUCAGUAAACUAUUCCAGCCCCACGUCGCUGGACAUAAAAAGAAAUACAGACGUCGACCGAGCUUCCACUUCAUCAGAGAUGAUCGUGAAGACCCCAGAAAGAGCGUCGCACUUAAUCGCAAACUGUUACAGUAAUAUCCCAGCUGAGAGAUAACACACAGACUUGUAUUACUAGUUUAAUAUAAUGUGUUAUUAAUUUAAUCUGUGAUUGUACAGUAACAGCCUUGCAUCUACUGAUUAUUAUAUUUAAGUUAAUAAGUAACAAGUUAACACAGCUGAAAGGCUGAAGAACUUGUCCAGAAAUAAAAUUGACUUGUGUAUUUUUCCUCAAAACAAAUUUUCCUCAAAAAUUCUCAUGCCGUAAAUGCAAAACGAACAAACAAAUUACUUUACAGGAAUAGUUUGCACAAAAAUGUAUUAAAAUGUAAACAUUUAAUACUGUUUUAAUAAUUUAAUACACUUAAAAUGUGCUCCGACUCAUCAGA